AUGGAUAUUAGUGAAAUGCCUUUGAAUAUUACAACAUCUCUUACAACAGUGAUCUGUUAUUACAAAGUAAAAAAGUUGUUUUUUGGAAAAAAGUUAACGUAACUUUUCAGAUCCAUAAAAAAAUAAAUAGAACAAUGAGAACAUCGCCAGUAACUGUGAUAGAAAUGGAACAAAGAAAACAGAAUUAUCUCGAAUUUGCAUAUGCAGCUCAAUUUUGUUUCAUUGCUAUCCCACAUACUAUAAGCUGGAUGUUUUUCAGGAUUUUUCCCAUAAUUUUUGGAGUAAAUCCCACUGCGUGGUAUUUCAUUUUAGCAGUGUCAAAUGUUUUGAACAGCACUGGAAACGCAUUCUUCUUUUUAACUGGAAAUGCAGAAGUCAAAAAAUAUUUGCAUGAUAAUUGCUGUUCUCUUUUUUAGAGCGUGAGAAUAAAAGUUCAUAUUUUUUUCUCUCUUCAAAUAAAUUCUAUAUUUAUGAAUAACUCUAUUUCCAAAAACCUCUUCAUGGGUUACUAAGGAAUGCAUAACAUAUAAUUAAAAUAAUUGGAAAUCUCUAUGGAGUUUAACCUGCGCACGUUUUCUGUUCAAAAACACAAUUAUUAUCAUCUACUACUUUCUUACAAUUACUCACAAUCACGAGAUUUUUAGUUAUUCAAAUCAGAAGAAGUGCAAAUUACUUUUUCAAUCAUUUUCUCUCUAACGUUUCAUUUUUCUGGUGAAGACAAAGUUAUUCAAGCGAGACUAGUAAUUCAGUGGCACGACACGUGGCAGGAGACCGAACCACCUUGCGUAGCGAAAUACUACUCGCUGGAUUGGCCUUGAGAUCGCCACCGCUACUACUAACAAGCUAACUCCCACUUUUUUUUUAAAUGGCUCUAAGACUCGCGCUUGGAAUUAUUCUACUCAUUAUUUCAUUGAUUCUGUUGCUGUUCAACUGUGUGAUAUUUGGAUUAGUUUUCCGUUUUGCUUUCGACAAAAAUAAAAAUAAUAUAUAUGUUCUAUCAGCCAUCAGUAUUCUCAUCGAUAUUUUGCACAUUCCUUCUAACAGUUCUGUACCUAGUACCUGAGAUGAUUUCCGAAGUGAGUAACUCAAUUUUUUUGUGUUUCUGAAAGAAUCUAUUUUUAGAGUUAUCUCUACAGUGGUUCUAGAGAGAGUUCGGUUUCAAUUAUAAUCGGAGCAAUAUUUGUGUUUCUAUGGAACAUGAAAAAUAUAACUCAGAUCCUGAUUGCUUUUAAUCGUUAUUUCGUCCUCUGCUAUAACUCUACUUUUUUCACAAAACGGAACAUUUGUCUGCUCUACAUUCCAAGUGUAAUCCUUUUAGCUGCCAAAUCCUACGUUUCUCAAUAUUGGCUCCCGUGUUGCAGGUAUUUUUGGUUUUUUUAUUUGCAGAAAUUUUAUAUUUUUCAAUAAACUGAAGUCAAAUUAUUCCAGCUUCACACUUGAUCAACAAUUUUAUUCCUACUCUUUUAUACACCAAAACAACACUUUUAACUACAUGAAUUUGAGUGAAUUGUCAUUUGAUAUUUUGACAACUCUGAUUUUUUUCAUUUUUUAUUUCAAGGUAAUUGGAAAAAACAAUUUAAUAGUCUAGCUGAAUAAUUUGAAUUUUACAGAUUCAAAAACCGAUAGAAGAUAUAAUCCUAACAAUGCCAGUAACUUUGCCACAAAUGUGGAAAAAAUAUUAUGAUCAAUUCGAAAUCGAAUUUUCAACCAGAUUUCUCGUAAUGGCUUUCCCGCAUAUGUUUACGUGGAUUAUUUUCAGACUUGUUUUUUUGAUUUUCGGUGAAAAUGCGACUGGCUGGUAUUUCCCUCUAACAGUAUUACAUGUUCUCAAUUGCACUGUGAACGCACAUUUUAUUUGUGUGAAUAGUCGAGAAAUGUUAUCACAUAUCAAAAAUAAUGGGCUGCUAUGUUUUGCAGGAUCAAAACCGGAAUCGAAUCAGAAUGAGAAUGAAAAUGUUGAAACAAUCGAAGAAAUUCCCAUGGAAGUCGUUGAAUAA